AUGGCAUUGGACUUGGUAAGCAUUGCACAGCCGCAUUAUAUCCCAGGCUACACAGGGCACUGUCCCGAGUACAAAUACAGGAUAGGUGACACCUAUGGCUCCACAACGCACAAGAUACUCCUCGACCCAAGCGUCCAGCAUUCGGAGAGGCUCGUCCUAUCGGACAGAACGGCCGAUGACUACCAGAUCUUCCGUCCGCCACAAACGGACAUCGACGUCGUGAACGCGAGGUUUCGCAACGGCGACCCGGUGUACAAGCAUCCGAUGAUACCGGGAUACGAAGGUUUCUUGCCGCGGUUGAAUGGGCAUUUCGGUCAGCGUUAUACGGUGGCGGCCACGGAAGCCCUAUCGGAGUACGAAAGAGCGCAGCUGCACCAAAGAGCGGCUAGGAACCAAUUGGAGAGGGUAGUGGACUUGCAAGCCGGCAAAGGACAACCCUGGGACUUGGCUGACAGAUUUUCUGCCACGGCGGAGUUCAAACUGCCACUAGUGGCCGUUAGACCGGAAUGCGCGGGAAUAUUACGGGACUUGCCCAUGGACGAGCCGAAACUGUCACCGCCAUCGCACUCCAUUAGCCCAUACUUUAUGGAUAACGAGGACUCGCGAAAAUAUAUUAAGAAAGGCUUUACUGGACAUGUGCCAUAUGGUUUUCAAAGAUUUGGAGAGUCAUCGAAAAAACUCACGAAUUCAGCUCUCUGCGACUUCUCUUCUAACUAUAGAAGAAGACAGAGUACUGAGUGGGCACCUGUCAAUGUUGUCAAG